AUGCGAAGAACAUCUGUGUCACUGCCGACGAAGCAACCCGCCCGAGACCCACACGAAAAGCCCGGUCGGUUCGCGCCUGCUCAACGGAAUACUGGUCUGCUUGGACGACUGAGUGGUAUGUCUCAAGCACAGAAGACGAGGUGGAUGCGGACGGGGGCCAUCGCCUUCUUCGUCGUCUUCCUCUUCUGGUAUAUGUCUCCUAGAGGCGUAAACGUCUACAAUGAGGGAGGAGUCUCGAAAGGCGGCGCCGGUGGCCAAGUUCCCGCGGAUGCCUCCUACGGCACCAACAAGUGCACCCAGUCCAGCUCCAAGUCGAAGCCCAUCGUUCAGUAUGUCCUGAUGAUCGACGCUGGCAGUACAGGCUCCCGAAUCCAUGUCUACAAGUUCAACAACUGCGGUUCUACUCCUGAGCUCGAGCACGAAGAGUUCAAGAUGACGGAGAAGUCGGUCGGCGGUCUCAGCAAGUAUAAGGACGACCCGGAGGCUGCUGCGGCGACUCUCGAUAACUUGAUGGAAGUCGCCAUGCAAACCGUUCCCGACAAGCUCAAGUCUUGCAGUCCUGUAGCAGUGAAAGCGACGGCUGGACUUCGCAUGGUCGGAGCUGAGAAUGCUGAAAAGAUUCUCACGGCCGUUCGCAACCGUCUCGAGACCAAGUACCCUUUCCCCGUUGUCGCCAAGGAGGAUAACGGUGUUGCCAUCAUGGACGGUGCCGACGAGGGCGUAUACGCCUGGAUCACGACCAACUACCUUCUCGGUAAGAUUGGCGGACCCGACAAGAGCCCCACAGCUGCCGUCUUCGACCUCGGCGGUGGUUCUACCCAGAUUGUUUUCGAGCCCACCUUCAAGGGAGCUGCGGACGGAGGCAUGCCGGAGAAGCUCGCGGAGGGCGACCACAAGUACGACCUCGCCUUCGGCGGACAAAAGUUCGAGCUCUACCAGCACUCCCACCUCGGAUACGGCUUGAUGAGCGCGCGCAAGGCCGUACACAAGGCCCUGAUCCAGGAUAUCUUCGAGAGCAAGAAGUCCGACGACAGUUGGGUCAAGCAGCCCAUUGUCCACCCGUGCAUCGCCCCCGGCAUGGUUAGGGAGGUUGAGGUCGAGCUGGACGACAACCACCCUCUCGGCAAGACGAUGACUUUCAACAUGACCGGCCCCUCUCAGGCCGCCCCCGCUCAGUGCCGCAACCUCGCCGAGAAGAUUUUGAAGAAGGAUGAGGACUGCAAGCUCGCUCCCUGCUCCUUCAACGGUGUUCAUCAGCCUUCGCUGGCCAAAACCUUCAGUCGCGAAGACGUUUACAUCUUCUCCUACUUUUACGACCGUACCAAGCCUCUCGGCAUGCCCGACUCCUUCACCCUCCGCGAGAUGCACGACCUUGCCAACUCUGUGUGCGGCGGCGAGAAGUCUUGGGACCUGUUCGCCAGCAUUCCGGGUGCGCUCAAUGAACUCCAGGGUCGCCCCGAGCACUGCCUCGAUCUUAACUUCAUGAUGGCCCUCCUUCACACCGGAUACGAGAUGCCUAUUGACCGCGAGGUCAAGAUUGCCAAGAAGAUCAAGGGCAAUGAGCUAGGCUGGUGCCUCGGCGCUAGCUUACCGCUCCUCUCUCCCGGCUCCGGCUGGCAGUGCAGGGUCAACCAGGUCAACUAA